AUGGCGGCGAUGACAGUGACGGAGACACAACACAAGAGGAGGCUACCGAAAAAUGUCAAAUUGCCACCCGAGAACGAACGUUAUAUGCGCGCAUGUGCAGAUAUCGCCUCUGCGCUCAUCCAGGACUAUGAAUCACAGGCCGAUGGCUCAAAACCCAAGAAGGAUCUCAACUUAAACUCAUUGCGAGGCCAGAUUGCGAAGAAACAUUAUUUGAAGAGCCAGCCCCCGCUUACGGCGAUUAUCGCGGCGGUACCAGAGCACUAUAAGAAAUAUAUCCUCCCAAAGCUCAUCGCCAAGCCGAUCCGUACUUCCUCCGGUAUUGCAGUGGUGGCGGUUAUGUGCAAACCUCACCGUUGCCCACACAUCGCCUAUACUGGUAACAUAUGUGUAUACUGUCCAGGAGGUCCAGACUCAGACUUUGAGUAUUCAACACAAUCUUACACAGGUUACGAACCCACAUCUAUGCGCGCGAUCCGAGCGCGAUAUGAUCCUUAUGAGCAGGCCCGUGGACGGGUCGACCAGAUCAAGUCACUCGGUCACAGUGUCGAUAAAGUUGAGUACAUCAUCAUGGGCGGCACGUUCAUGUCACUGCCAGAGUCAUAUCGGGAUGAGUUCAUCUCACAACUGCAUAACGCGCUUUCUGGGUACCAAACCAAAGACGUUGACGAGGCUGUCGCCGCCGGCGAGAUGAGUAAUAUAAAGUGCGUUGGUAUUACCAUCGAAACACGGCCAGAUUACUGCUUGGACCAGCAUCUCUCUUCCAUGCUACGGUACGGAUGUACUCGUCUCGAGAUUGGUGUACAGUCACUCUACGAAGACGUAGCGCGCGACACCAACCGAGGCCACACUGUCGCUGCUGUAGCAAAGACCUUCUGUCUCUCCAAAGACGCUGGCUUCAAAGUGGUAUCACACAUGAUGCCUGACCUACCUAACGUCGGUAUGGAGCGUGACCUCGAUCAAUUCGUAGAGUACUUUUCGAACCCAGACUUCCGGACCGAUGGGCUGAAGAUCUACCCAACACUUGUCAUCCGCGGCACAGGACUAUAUGAACUUUGGCGGACGGGAAGAUACAAGAACUACACACCAAACGCCCUCAUCGAUAUUGUGGCAAGAAUUCUGGCACUGGUACCACCAUGGACGCGUAUCUACCGCGUACAACGCGAUAUCCCUAUGCCGCUUGUUACGUCCGGCGUCGAGAAUGGUAAUUUGCGAGAGUUGGCGCUGGCAAGGAUGAAAGAUUUUGGUACCUCGUGUCGCGAUGUACGGACGCGUGAGGUUGGUAUCAACGAAGUAAAGCAUAAGAUCCGUCCCGACCAGGUCGAGUUGGUACGUCGGGACUACACAGCCAACGGUGGUUGGGAGACAUUCCUUGCGUACGAAGAUCCGAAGCAAGACAUCUUGAUCGCCCUGCUUCGUCUACGACAAUGUUCGAAGGAACACACUUUCCGACCAGAGUUGACUGGUCAGCCUUCUUCACUGGUGCGUGAGUUACACGUCUACGGAUCUGCCGUACCUAUUCAUGCUAGAGAUCCGAAGAGAUUCCAGCAUCAAGGCUAUGGUACGCUUCUGAUGGAGGAAGCAGAGCGCAUAGCUAGAGAAGAGCAUGGAAGUAGUAAAAUUAGUGUCAUCUCUGGUGUCGGCGUAAGGAGUUACUACGGAAAGCUAGGUUACUGGCUCGAUGGUCCGUAUAUGAGCAAGACGCUUGAGCCGCUGUGGGAGAGAGACUGGUAG